AUGGCCAUGGCGGCCAACGACACCACCCAACAGGCACUCGACGCCCUCACGAAACGAGACAUGAGUUCGAAUUCGAACCUUGCUUCGGGUUCGCAAGCUAUACCCGGCGGCGAAUCCGGUUAUGAACCGUUGUACCCCAACAACAUACCCACAGACUCGGCCGUCAAGAGCUUCAUCACCCACUUCUUCGAGGUCUCGGAUGAUCCGGGUCGGAAUGACGAGUGGGUCGGGUUCUUCGACGAGAACGCGACGGUUAUUAUUGGAAAUGAUGUGGCCAAGGGGAAAGAAGAGAUUCGUAAACUCAGAGAGCGCAUGUGGAAAGAGGUCAAGGCACGCAAGCACCGGUUGGUGAAAGUGUUCCCGGCCAGUUUCUCAAACGACCGGUCAGCUAUUGUGUUGAUGAACCAGGCCGAGUAUAUGUUAUUUGGGGCGGUGGCGUACAGGAUGAGAGAUGAUGCAAAGGAGGAUGCAGUGGCUGGGUGGGCUGGGCAUGCGCAACUGCUGAGGGAUGGAGUAGCUGCGCCGUGGCGAUUGGGGUUUUAUCGUGUAUAUAUCCAGAGGUGA